UCUCUCCUCCCCUGAAACAAGUAACAGCAGUCUCAACUCUCAACUCUUCCACAUUCCCAUUGAAAUUGAAGAGAGAGAAACAGGAGAGAGAAAUCCUCCAUUGAAGAACCUUUAAUCACCUCAUUAUUUCAUCAUGUACAGAGCUGCAGCUUCUCGUCUUAAUGCCCUAAAUAAGGGUCGCGAAGGCAGCAGGUAUUUGACAAGAUAUGCCAGUUCCAGUGCUGUAACUGCCCAAACAAAUGCUUCUGGGGGAUUGUUAAACUGGAUUUUGGGAAGCAGCAAAUCCCUUCCUCCACUAGACUUCCCAUUGGAGGGAGUAACAGUGCCUCCACCACUGCCUGAUUACGUGGAACCAGCCAAAACCAAGAUAACUACUCUUCCUAAUGGACUCAAAAUUGCCUCUGAGGCUUCUUCUAACCCUACUGCCUCAAUUGGUUUGUACGUUGACUCUGGUUCAAUUUACGAGACACCAUUUUCAUUUGGCACAACACACCUUUUAGAGCGCAUGGCAUUCAAAACCACCACAAAUCGUAGCCACCUGCGUAUUGUGCGUGAAGUAGAGGCCAUAGGAGGCAAUGUGAACUCCUCCGCUUCUCGAGAGCAGAUGGGUUACACAUUUGAUGCUUUGAAGACUUAUGUUCCUGAAAUGGUCGAACUUCUUGUAGAUUGUGUUAGGAACCCUGCUUUCUUGGAUUGGGAGGUCAAUGAGACGCUUAAGAAGUUGAAGGUUGAGGUAAAUGAAGCUUCCAACAACCCCCAGGCAUUGCUUGUUGAGGCAAUCCAUUCUGCUGGUUAUUCUGGUGCACUUGCACAUUCUCUUAUGGCCCAAGAAUCAACAAUGGCCAGAUUAGAUAGCUCUGUUCUGGAGAGAUUUGUUGCUGAAAAUUACACAGCUCCUCGUAUGGUACUUGCUGCUUCUGGGGUUGAGCAUGAAGAUCUGUUGUCAAUUGCAGAGCCUCUUUUGUCAGACCUACCUCGUGUACCACGCCCCGAAGAGCCAAAAUCUGUUUACAUCGGAGGGGAUUACCGUUGCCAAGCAGGAUCGGGGAUAACACAUUUUGCACUGGGAUUUGAACUUCCUGGUGGCUGGCAGCAAGAUAAAGAUGCUAUGAUUCUGACUGUUCUUCAGAUGCUUAUGGGAGGUGGUGGAUCCUUUUCAGCUGGUGGUCCUGGAAAAGGAAUGUAUUCACGAUUAUAUCUGAAUGUCCUAAAUGAGUAUCCACAAAUUCAGUCUUUCUCUGCCUUUAACAGCAUCUACAAUAAUACUGGCAUAUUUGGAAUUCAAUGUACCACUAGCUCUGACUUUGUAACGAAUGCAAUCGAGAUUGCUGCUAGAGAACUCCUUGCGGUUACAAUAUUUGGACAAGUCUCACAGGUACAGCUCAGUCGUGCUAAAGCAGCAACUAAGUCUGCUAUUCUAAUGAAUUUGGAAUCUAGAAUGGUUGCAUCUGAAGACAUUGGUAGACAGAUUUUGACCUAUGGAGAGAGGAAACCAGUAGAGCACUUUUUGAAAGCUAUUGAUGAAAUCACUGAAAAUGACAUUACCUCAAUCGCGCAAAAGGUCUUAUCGUCUCCCCUUACAAUGGCUUCACAUGGAGAUGUUCUUUAUGUUCCAAGCUAUGAAGCAGUAAGCGGUCUUUUCCAUGCAAAGUAAAAGUCCAACUAAGGACCUUGGCCAUCCUUCCCUUCUCUUCCAUUUCCUGGAUUUACUUAUAGAAGCUUUUACAGGCAAGUGGUAUUUUUUGAAAAUAAAAGGAAAUUGGAGACGAUAAAUUUUCGUGUCCUGCAUAUGCAGUUUUGAGAAGCAAAAUUUCCUUGUAUUUAUCCUGUGCUGGCGGUGUAAUGCAGCCCGAAAUGAGACUUUCAACAAUUGAUGGUUUAUGUUGUAUAAUUUAGAUGACCUUAAUAUACAAAAGCUUUACAUUUUUGAUUCAGUUGUUUGUGCUAGCUUAUAGCAAAUAUUUGUACCGUGUACAAUCGCUAAUUAGCUAUGAUUCAAUAACCUACUAAAUUAAUGCUAAUAAUGUGGGUUUCUUAAUUUAA